AUGAUUGGCGGGCCAGUCUUACAGAAUACGAAAUUAGGUUGGAUUAUUUCCGGCCCAGUGCCACAUGCGACUGUUUGUUGUAUAGAAACUAGUGUAUCGUUAUUCACCCGCACGUCAUUCGAAACAAAAACACUUGAAGAGCAAAUGGCCGCAUUUUGGCGGCUCGAAGAAGUAAAGUCCGAUGAAUUAUACACUAUAGAAGAGCGUGCGUGUAAACAUCAUUUUUUAAAAAAUGUUCAACGAGAUGAUGAUGGUCGUUUUAUUGUUUCGUUACCAUUUAAAGUCGAGCUCAAGUUAGGAAAUUCGUACGAUAGAGCGUUGCGCCGAUUUAUGGCAUUGGAAAGGCGUUUUCAAGCGGAUAAAAACCUGAAAGGUGGUUACGUUAAGUUUAUGAACGAAUAUAUAGAACUCGGGCAUAUGUCAAUUACGAACUCCGUGCCAGCAGUGGAUCAGUGUUAUUACUUACCACAUCAUGCCGUGUUUAAAGAUAGUAGUACAAGCACCAAAUUGCGUGUAGUGUUCGACGCAUCGGCGAAAACGGACACCAACUUUAGUUUAAACGACGUGUUAUUAAAAGGGCCAUGCAUACAAGAGGAAUUGGUUUCUAUAAUGGCACGUUUUAGGACGCACAGGUAUGCUAUUACAGCGGAUAUAAAAAAAAUGUACAGACAAAUUUGGGUCACUGAAAGUCAACGCGAUUACCAACGUAUUUUGUGGCGAGAAAAUCCCGACCAGCCUCUAAAUACAUAUUGUUUGAAAACGGUGACAUACGGCGUAAUAACCGCAUCGUAUUUGGCUACAGCGUGCAUAAGCAAACUGUCAAGUGAUGAAACUCUGCGAUUUCCCGAGGCUUGUCGUGCUUUGAAACACGAUUUUUACGUCGACGACUUCCUCGGUGGUGCAGGAUCGAUAUCGGAAGCAUUAAAGUUACGUGACGAUUUAAUUUCAGUUUUGCAAAAAGCCGGUAUGGAAUUAUGUAAGUGGUCCAGUAAUGACCCUAGAUUGUUAGAAUACGUUGAUACAGCGACAAAUGUAAACGCUAAUUGCAAUUUAAUAGACGUUGAAAAUACUACGAAAAUAUUAGGUAUGUAUUGGAACCAAAAUGUUGAUGCUUAUCAAUAUACUAUACGUCCGUUCGACGAAAAUACGCGUAUUACGAAGCGAGUAAUUUUAUCCGAAAUAGCAUCAGUGUUUGACCCACUCGGCCUAAUUAGCCCGGUAAUAAUUAAGUUCAAGAUAAUAAUGCAACGGCUAUGGCAAUUAAAUACGAGUUGGGAUGCUGUGCUACCGUCUAAUAUCGUGAAUGAGUGGAGGGACAACCAUCUAAAAUUAAGUGAUUUAAACUUACUCGUUAUCAACAGAUCAUUAAUUGGUGACGGUGAGAUAGCCGAUAUUCAAUUACAUGGUUUUUCUGACGCGUCCGCGACCGCGUACGGCGCGUGCUUAUAUUUACGUGUACUAAACACCAACGGUAAAUGUAUUACGAAUUUAAUCUGCUCAAAGUCACGUGUUGCCCCGUUAAAAACAGUUUCAAUUCCGCGUCUAGAAUUACUAGCCGCCGUAUUAUUGGCACGUCUAGCGUCCAAGUAUGAGCCAAACUUGCACCUGCCAAUAAAAAAGAGGUUUUUCUGGUCCGACUCGAUGGUGGUCUUAGCGUGGAUAUCAUCCCAAUCAUCUAAAUGGAAAACAUUCGUGGCUAACAGGGUUGGAGAGAUACACGAGCGCACAUCAAUACACGAAUGGUCCCACGUAGGUACUCACGACAACCCAGCGGACAUAGUGUCGCGUGGAUGUUGGCCUUCGCAGAUAAAAAAUCUCGAGUUGUGGUGGAACGGCCCGAAAUGGCUAUCCGAUAGCUCGUCUAAGUGGCCGAUGAAAGGGACAGAAAUAAUUACAGGCAUUUAG